GUAAAAAUAUACGUACCCACACAUAGGGCUCAGAAAUGAAGCACUUUUUCGUAACACUUUAUACGAUAUUGAAUGCAAAAAGUGAAUUGAAAUUAAAGGCAAAAACAUAAAGAUUAACGUUAAAUGUUUACACAAUAAACGCAAUUGAAAUCCGCACUCAUUGUAACAUUACUUUGUGUUUUCACUUCACAUUCAGUUCACACAUAAGGGUGUUGUGCGUCGACAGUGUUUGAACCAACACUUAUACAUACCGUAUAUCAUAUCGUUAACCAUUGUUCGGGUGCCUAAAAGCCAGACCACGGGAACCGAUACCAACACAAACUCUACGCCACUAUCACCAGAGCUGAUCCCUUCAAACAACUACCACUACCAUUAAACGAUGGCGUCGUCGCAACCACGACAAAACUUCGCGGCCGAAGUGGAGGCCUGUAUCAACAAACAGAUCAAUCUGGAACUGUACGCCUCCUACUGUUACCUAUCGAUGGCCUAUUACUUCGACCGAGAUGAUGUCGCUCUGCCCGGCUUUUACAAGUUCUUCGCCAAACAGUCGGAUGAGGAGCGCACCCACGCCUCCCGUCUCAUGAAGUACCAGAACAAGAGGGGCGGAAGGAUUGUCCUCCAGAGUGUGGAGAAGCCGUCGCUCGACGAUUGGGGUUCGGGUAUCGACGCCAUGCAGGCGGCGCUCAAUCUCGAGAAGACUGUCAAUCAGUCGCUUCUGGAUCUCCAUAAGUUGGCCGGCAAUCACGGAGACCCUCAGAUGUGUGACUUCUUGGAGAGCGAGUUCCUGACAGAACAGGUGGACUCAAUCAAACAGUUCAGCGACUAUGUGACCAAUUUGAAACGUGUCGGCUCAGGUCUGGGAGAGUAUAUGUUUGAUAAGGAGACCCUUAAGGGGGCCACCGAUUAGUGACCGCCGCCCCCCGUCUCCACCACCUCUUCCACACUGCCAUUGGAUCUGCCAUUGGAUUGUAUGCGACGGAUAUCGUUGUCUUACUUUCUUUUUGCCACUUUAUAUCUCUCAAUGACUUUACCUC